AUGGCGGCGCUCUGCUCCGCCGCCUCGCCGGCCGUCGCCAGGGCCGCGGCGCUCGGCCUGUCCGCGCGCGGCCCCGCCUCCCUCCUCCCCCUGCGCCUCCGCCUCCGCGCCGCCACGCGCUCCUGCUACGCCGCACCACGGGCCGCGCCGGUCGCGGCGUCGUGGCGCGCGCGGCGACGCUUCGCCGCGUCGGCCGCCUCCACCACGGAGGAGGGCGCGGACGUCGACACGGUGAUCCCGCCUGACAACCGCAUCCCCGCCACCAUCAUCACCGGCUUCCUCGGCUCCGGCAAGACAACUUUACUAAAUCACAUACUGACAUCUCACCAUGGAAAACGGAUCGCUGUCAUUGAGAAUGAGUAUGGUGAAGUUGACAUUGAUGGUUCGUUAGUUGCCGCACAAACUGCUGGAGCUGAGGACAUAAUGAUGCUGAACAAUGGUUGUCUUUGCUGCACUGUGCGUGGUGAUUUAGUCCGAAUGAUCAGUGAAUUGGUUGACAAGAAGAAGGGAAAGUUUGACCAUCUUGUCAUUGAAACCACAGGUUUAGCAAACCCAGCACCCAUAAUACAGACAUUCUACGCGGAAGAUACAGUUUUUAAUGAUGUCAAGCUAGAUGGUGUUGUUACUCUAGUGGAUUCAAAGCAUGCAAGGUUGCAUUUGGAUGAAGUGAAGCCCAAGGGUAUAGUCAAUGAGGCAGUUCAGCAAAUUGCUUAUGCUGACAGAAUUAUAAUUAACAAGACUGACCUUGUUAGCGAGCCUGAAGUUUCUUCCUUGGUUGAGCGUAUAAGGAGUAUCAAUCGCAUGGCUAAUUUGAAACGAGCUCAGUAUGGUAAAGUUGAUUUGGAUUAUGUGCUUGGAAUUGGAGGCUUUGAUUUGGAGAGGAUUGAGAGUGCUGUCACUGAAGAACCACAUGAUGAGCACGAACAUGAACAUGAACACAAGCAUGAACAUGAACAUCACCAUGACCAUGCCCACGACCACGACCAUGAUCACCAUCAUCAUGAUCAUGACCAUAAACAUGACCAUCAUGCGCAUGAUCACACCCAUGAUCCCGGUGUUUCUUCUGUAAGCAUCGUUUGCGAAGGGGAGAUGGAUCUUGAAAAGGCUGACAUGUGGUUGGGGAACCUACUGCUGGAACGCAGUGAUGACAUAUACCGGAUGAAGGGGCUGCUCUCAGUCAGUGGAAUGCCUCAACGCUUCGUCUUUCAGGGAGUGCACGACAUUUUCGAGGGAUCUCCCGACAGGAUGUGGGAGCCCAACGAGCCGCGCAUCAACAAGAUUGUGUUCAUUGGCAGGAACCUCAACCGGGAAGAGCUGGAGACGGGCUUCAAGGACUGCCUGCUGAAGUAG